AUGAUGAUAGAGUGCAGAGAUUGUAUUAAAACAUCACAAUCUAUCGCGCCACUACCAGCUCUAUCAGAGCAUUGCCUCCCUCUGCUCGAAGCUUUGUGCUCAGCUUAUGAGAUCUCGACGCACCACGGCCUUUUUGACACGGUCAUGCUGGCAUUCAAGCCACGCCCUGCACCAUUUAUAUGUCUCCGAAGUAAAGUGAUGUUGGGCCAGAUGGAGCUCGAUGAAGAUGAGACCCGUCUUUUACUACGGACUCUGCUGGGUCGGAAUUUGAGGAGACUUGUUGAGUUGAUAAAGCUGUUGGAAAGUUCAGAUAUCCCGGAUAUUGCAACAUGUGGAAUAAUGGUAUGCGAGUCUUCUGUCCAAUCUACCAUUAGUCGCUUGAUUGUAUUGAUGCAGGUUAUUGAAGGGGGUUGA